UUCGAACAAUGGCGUGAAACAUCUUCCCGCUCAUCUCUGAUAUGACGUUGAUUAAGGAUUAGUAACAAACUGAACAUUUAUGAAUUAUUUUAAAUAAGUCAUCGUUUUACUUUGAAUGAACCGUCUUACAUCCUUUGGGCAGCCAGAAAAACAGACUUUAGAGUGAAGAAAAAGUAGUAAAUGUUGUCAAAGAUGAUGGUUCAUACAGACCACAAUUUUACCUCAGAUUCACAAAUAAAGAAAAAAAAACCCGAAACAAAGAAUGAAAAUGUUUCACCAGUGCUUAAGCUACCCUUGGAAGAAAGUAAACAAAAAUCUAAUCGACGACGAAAUGCACCUGGAUCAAAUUGGAAUAAUUACAAAAGCCUGGUUACCAAUUUAGGGACAAAUAGUAAACAUGUGAAUAUACAGGAUAUGCUUAUCAAACCACAUUGGAAAAGCAACAAAUAUUUGAAGCAAGUAUUACAUUCUGAUUUGGGCUCUGAAGCGAAUGAUGGUACAAAUGAUAAGACUUUGAAACAUAAAGAUGCAAUUACUAAGGAAAUAGCAAUCGAUUGCGAAAUGGUAGGGAUAGGUGAUGGGACGGAAAGUAUGCUCGCUAGGGUAUCUAUAGUCAAUCGGUAUGGAACAUGCAUUUUUGACAAAUAUGUAAAACCAAGAGAACCGGUUCAAGAUUAUCGGACCGCGGUUAGUGGAAUACAACCUCAUCACCUAGAAAAUGGAGAGGAUUUCAAAGCGGUACAACAAGAAGUAGCUAAAAUAUUAAAGAAACGAAUUUUAGUCGGACAUGCUUUGAAAUAUGAUUUAGCUGUAUUAUUCUUGUCGCAUCCUGUCAGGUGCUUAAGAGACACUUCCAGAUAUAAACCCUUUAGACAAGUGUCACAGGGAAAAACUCCAAGCUUGAAAAAACUUGCUGCCGUUUUACUUGGUAUCGAUAUUCAGUUAGGUGAACACGAUUCCGUAGAAGAUGCUCGCACAGCGAUGUCAUUAUAUAUGUUGUACAAGUCUCAAUGGGAAACGUAUAUUCAUUCUAAGAAAUAAUUUUAAUUAUUAUUAGUUCCUUAAUCUUAUUUUCUUUCACAUAUAAAUGUUCAAUACCUGCCUUCCAAUUAUGAAUACAACGUUAAUUUUGUAUGCUAAGAAAUGUGAUCGGUUAAUCGUAAGAAUUACAAAAAUUUCUCUUUAUCUUUCUUUUGAGUUUGCAAUCAUCAGUUUUAUUGGUUUUAAGUGUAUUUUGAAAACUAUAAUAGUAUAAUUUAUAUAAUAAAAAAGUUGUUCAAUUUAA